CUCUGCCGCUACCCGUCUGCAUACAAACUCUGUUCAGUUAUCUUGGCAUAGCUAUACUCUUCAAUUUGUCGCUAUUCAGCUACAAUUCUAUAAGCAACUCUCUUCUGUACCUUUAAUCACAAAAAAGAAAAAAGAAAACAAAACGUCAGGAUGGUGAACCCCGACAAGGUCUUCACCCUUGAGGGGAAGGCCCUGAAGCUGGACACUGCCGAGGACCUUGAUGCCCACAUCGCCGCCCUCAAGGCUAUGGAUGACGUCGAGGAGGUCAGAAUCCUGGGAAACACUCUGGGCAUUGGUGCAUGCAAGCGUUUGGGUGAAGUUCUCUCCACCAAGAAGAACCUGCAGGUUGCCAACCUUGCCGACAUCUUUACGGGCCGCCUACUCAACGAGAUCCCCGAAGCGCUCACUCACCUUCUCACACAAAUCACAAACCUUCCCAACCUCAACACGGUCAAUCUGAACGACAAUGCUUUCGGCAUCAACACCUACAAGCCCGUUGCCGACUUUCUCUCCUCCCACGUUCCCCUCCAGCACCUUUACCUGAACAACAACGGUCUCGGGCCUGAAGCAGGCAUGUACAUCGCCGAUGCACUUUCAGAGCUUUACGACAAGAAGGAGCAGGCCCGCAAGGAGGGUCGCACCGACGUCCCCGACCUCGAGACGGUCAUAUGUGGCCGUAACCGACUGGAGAACGGCAGCAUGAAGGCCUGGGCAAAGGCUUUCAGCAAGCACGACAAGCUCAAGGAGGUCAAGAUGGUGCAGAAUGGCAUCAGGCAGGAGGGUAUCACGCACCUGCUGACAGAGGGCCUGAGCAACACUCUGGCAAUCCAGGUGUUGGAUCUGCAGGACAACACCUUCACCAUCACAGGAGCAACAGCGCUGGCCAAGAUUGCGCCGACAUGGACGGACCUGCGCGAGCUUGGCGUCAGCGAUUCGUACCUUGGCGCCAAGGGCGGGCGGCUGCUCAGCCGGGCACUGGCCAAGGGGAAGAAUGACAAGCUUGAGACGUUGAGAAUGCAGUACAACGACCUGAACGCGCGCACGCUUAAGAGCUUUGCCGAAACUGUCAAGGGUGGGCUACCAGCACUCAAGAAGAUCGAGAUUAACGGCAACAAGCUCUCCGAGGAUGAUGUCAGUAUCGCAGCGCUGCAGGAGCUUCUGGAGGCACGCAAGGAGGAGCUUGGUGGUGAUGUGUUGAUCGAGGAGGAAUGGGGUGUGGACUCACUCAGUGACCUUGAGGAUGAUUCGGACGAGGAGGAGGAAGAGGAGUCUGAAGAGGAGGCAGAGACGGAGGAGGAGAUUAAGAAGACUCUGGACCAGGACGAGAAGGAGGCCAAGGAGCCUGCUACUAUCAAGGACGUUGCCAGCAAGGAUGUGGAGGAGAUUACGCAGAAGCUUCGCCAGACGGGCAUCUGAGAUUGAGUGGCUAGGAAUGAAAAGAUGACUAAUGAGGGACGAUAUGGGAAUGAACGAGUUGGGAGGAUCCAUUGAGGGAUCAUUUCUGGCUGACUUUUUUUUGCAUGCUUCCAUACACAUCAAAAUUUAUACCCAAUCCUGCUUGGAAGACACAGCAAAGGCUGCCUGGAUGCCGAGGCUUCUUGGGGCUAUUUGGAGUGAAGCCAUGAGAGUGGAGGAGAAGGCUAUUUUCUUGAAGUAUGGACUAUCCUUUCUCUGUGGAAAUACCUAGAUGACUUUGAUCUUAUGUUGGUGUCGUUGUUGUUGUUGUUGUUCUUUUUUGCGCAAUGUGGAUAUUAUCGAUGCCAAAUUGCAACAAUAUGUUGUGCAGAUUCUACGAAGUACUGACGAAUGGGCG